GGGGUGUUCAAGUUUAUCGUCACGUUCCACAUCAGGUGAAAUUGUACAAAUCAACAAAUAUUAAGUUUUGUUCGUAUAUUUCAACUUUUGCAGACGUUAAGUCAAAUUAAGGGAGUCAGUUACAUUUUAUUUCACCGUAUUUCAAAUAAAAACUUGUUAUUAAACCUGUUGAUCACCGCGCUGACGUUGGCACUUUAGCAAGCAUUCCAAAUCAUUCCAAAUGGCAAGAAAUCGUGUAAAUAAUGAAAAGCUUAGUCGAAAAGAGAAGCAAGAGAUGAGGAAGGAGAGUGCAAAAAUGAACGAACAGAUUAAAACUAUAGUACUGCCGACUCUGGGAGUCGUAUUCCUUCUAAUAUGGGCUUUCGUGUACAUGAAAACUCGUGGUAUUCCAAUAACAAUUCCCCCUCCAGAGGAUGAUUAAAUCAUAAGAAGUGCCAGAUAUCGGUAAAUGCUGGGACCACAUUUCAUAAUUUGUAUUUGGCACCGAGAAAGUUCCACCAUAAUCCUUUUAUCAAUGUUUUUUAAUUAAAAAUUCUUUCGUUAUUUUGUAUUGAGAAAAAAGUGCUACGCACAAUAAAACAACAAUUUGAUAUAUUUCUGUGUAAUUUUCAA